GUCCCGUCGGGCGCGCAAAAACGCGGAACUGUACAUUCGUCCGUUAAUUAACGCGACACCGAUCGGUCACACUGUAACGACGACCGUGUUUGAGGUUACGACUAUGAGUUUGUGACAUUUGUUGCCGUCAAGCAUAUCAAUAUUUUCCAACCGUCCCCGUUCAGCGAAUUGGGAUUUCCACGUUACAGGAAAACGAAACGUUCUCACAAUGGCGCCGAAAAAGUCCAAACGUAGCGCCUCCGAAUCCUCUUCUUCGGACUCCGGACCCGACGACAGAAAUCCUCCUCCAAAAAAGUCUAAACCUUCUGAUAAAGGAAGUUCCAAGAAAACCAGCUCAAAUGAAGAAGAGCAUUCUUUUGCAUUGGAUAAAAAUCGUUUUGUUAAAGUAAGGGAAUUCCGUGGUAAACUUUUCAUUGACAUCCGUGAAUUCUAUGAGAAGGAUGGAGAAACACUUCCUGGAAAAAAAGGCAUAUCUUUGUCUGUUGGUCAAUGGAACAAACUGAAGGAACAAAUUGAUGACAUUCAGGAAUCUGUUGAAAAAUUGGGAUAAUAAUUUAAAAAAUUUUUAACAUGCCAGACUUGUUUUUUUUAAUUUAUUUAUAAUAUUAGUUUGUUUUAAUGUAUUAUCUCAUAAUUAAGCACUAAGCGUUAAAUUAUAAGCUGAACUAUAAUUUUGUACUUCAUACUCCUAAAGUAUUUUAAUUUACCAAGUAUAAUAUAAAUUUCAUUGA